UGUUGAUAAACGCGCGUCAUCAACGCGGAAUUAUUAUGCUAAUACGGUGUUGAUGAUUUGAGAACUCAUAUAGUAUUGGUUUGGUUCGUUAUCAGGGAGGACACCUAUACAGAAUCAAACAGGUGUACACACAUGGGUCAUAUAGCUAUGUAGAGAUUACACGAACUACACCUGUUCUCUCGGCUGUAUAGAAACACUGACUAGGAACCAAGAGACAACGGAGUGAUCCCAGAUAUGGAUCGCGUCGUUCAAAGUGCUGUGCUAUUUCUUGUGGUACUUGCCUGUGGGGUCGGGGCACGACCCUCCCAGGGGUACGAGGAAUACAUAUAUGAACACCUUCCGGAAUUACUCGACAGACUUCAGCGCCUCGACUAUGCCGACAAGCCCUCUAUAAAUACACUCGAGCCCCGAGUUGCGCCACAUUGGCCUGCUAGUGACGUCAGCAUCGGACAAGUAGGGGGUAUAGCGGUCGACCCCACAACCGGUGACAUCCUGGUAUUCCACCGAGGGGAGAGAGAAUGGGGAUACAACUCGUUCGUGGGAGAUAAAUUUGCGCCCGGCCAACACACCAUUAAGAAUAAUACAAUCCUCCGUCUGGACCGAGCAACAGGACAUAUCCUGGACAGUUUUGGGGCUGACAGGUUCUAUAUGCCCCACGGCCUAACCGUAGAUCAUGCCGGUAACUUGUGGGUGACAGACGUCGGCCUCCAUCAGGUGAUGAUGUUCCCCAAAGGCAGCCAUGAGCCGUCAGACAUCGUCUUGGGCGAGGCUGGGAUCCCCGGAAGUGAUGACGACCAUUUCUGCAAACCGACAGAUGUCGCUGUAGCGUCUAACGGCGAUUUCUUUGUCUCUGACGGAUACUGCAACGGAAGAAUCAUGAAAUUUUCCAAGAAGGGACAUCUCUUAAAACAGUGGGGCAAAAAAUCCAGCGAUGGAAACACUGGUUCGCUGAGUGAAGACGAAUUCUUUGUACCACACAGCCUCGCUUUGAUCGAGGCCAGGAACAUCAUUUGUGUGGCUGAUAGAGAACAUGGAAGAAUCCAAUGCUUCACGGCAGGACUUAACAAUGGAACAGAGGCUGGUUAUUUCGUCCACUCAUUUGAUAAUCCGGAAUUCGGGAAAGUGUUCGCCAUCGCUUAUGAUAACAACGGUCCAGAGGAGGCCAUGUACCUGGUGAGUGGACCAAUGCCGAACGCAUUCCUGUUUAAAAUUAAUUUGAAUGGCGAGAUCUUAUUCAGGACGGAACCACCGAACCAGUUCGCAAAGGAAGAUAAAACGGGGGGAUUUGGACAGCCGCAUGACUUAGCUGUAUCACAAGAUGGCCGUGAGAUCUACACUGGAGAAAUCGUUCCGAAUCGGGCUCUGAAGUUCUGUUACGGCAGAUGUACACAGAGAUAGACCUUUUUGCUGUUAUUCAGGAACACGAAACAUUCUCUAACAGAAUACACCGACGUCAUCGUGUCGACAAAUUGUCAAUAUAUUUUUUGUGUUACAUUAGUAAAUAUCAACUAGGGCCACAACAGAGAAACACAUAAAUCCCUAUACUACAUGUAUGUAAUUGAUAGGCGACAACUUUUUAAAAAAGCAGAUUUUUUUUAUUUCAAAAACAGUAAAACCUUGUUAUACUGCCAUUUGUCAAGAGAAAUUCUGAUGUUAUAAAGGGGAUUGGCGAUAAAUUGAGGGGAAUGUAUUAAGGAAUUCAUAAGAAAACCAUAAAAAUGGACCUUGAAAUAUGUUGACUGUAAACGAGGUGACAAAUGUAACGAGUGGCAUUAUAUCGAGGUUUUACUGUAUUUAAAGAAGUGGUAUGCAAUAUAAUAAUUAGAAUUCUGAUGCUUAAGGGUCUCCGUCCCAUUGCAGGCACAACAUUAAAGAGUUCCAACUUUAUUUUGGGUGUACAUUGUACAUGUACAUGUAACUGUAGCGCAAUUGGGCCAGGAUAAAUCUGUUGCCUAGGUAACCCAGUUGGUAAGAGCGACGGUAUAACAAUCUGUGGUCCAAGGUUCAAAUCCAAGUCUGGUUCCCUAAAAUUUUACACUUAAAAAUGCUGGUCAUUUUAUUUUCGAUUACAUAUGUAUCAUUUUUUUUCAUAAAAGUAGCAAGUACCAUGGUUUUCUUUCCAAAGACAUUUUAUCAAAAACAUAGUUUUGCCGGAAAACAGCUUCAGAUACCGUAUUUACAAUUUUUGGCUAGUGUUCAUGUAUCAUUAAUCAUACAGAAUUUAAAAUGCUAAUCACCAGACCGAUUAAUAAUUAUAUAUAAGUAUAUAAAUGUUUGAUAUAUUUUAAUGUUAUUAUCCAUCCACAUACUGACAUUUUAUAUGUUGUGCUCAAAAAAGAUCGUUAAUAACGGAAGACCGUAUGUUUACAGUUCGUUUUAUGAUAUUUUCUUCUGAACAUGAUUUUUAAAUGCAAUUCUAUUCCAAAGUUUUUCUAUCAUUCAUAUCAUCAUUUAAUAUGUAAUUCAAAACUUCUCGAUUAUCAGGUAAAAGGUCCCUCCAUAAUCAUCAUUUACCCAUGUUUUAAUCUUUUUCGAUUAAUCUAAGCAAUUUUUAAAAAUGGUUCAAUGAUGAUAUCAUUUUUUGUGUUUUUAAACUUUCCGAUAAAUCUGAAUCAUCUUAGAAAUGAGCGCUAAUUGUUCCUUAAUGUUGAUCAUUGUUGGGUUUUGUUAAAACAUUUGUGAUUUGUUUCAAUAAAGUAAAAAUCUACUA